AUGAUUGUAACGCAAAGUCAAUAUGCAGCAACAUCUAUUGUGUCUCAACAAUUUUUGAACCAUCCCACAGAGAAAAUAAAUGUGCAUCAACAAGAACACCCAGGAACAGAAUCAAUACCCUCAAGGACGAAGAGAAGAAACACCAUACAUCAUCAUUUAAAAGUUGAAACUUCAACUUCAAAUUUUAGUAAAACACAUAUUAGACGUCGCUCAUCUUCUGCUAGAAAGAAUUUGCCUGAUCCCAGUUUAUACCAAAUUCCCAAAACAUCAAAUGGGUAUUCCUCUACCUCCUCUGUUUUAUUGUCAUCUUUUAUUGCUACUAAUAAUUCUAACGCAGAACAAUCAUACAACCAAUUCAAUGGCAAUAAAGACACCAGUACACACAAUAUUGACUCCACAAAAUUCAAGAUUAAAGAUUUGAUACCGGAAAUAGAUACCAAUGUUGUCGGUUUGUGUGUUACCUGGUAUGUGACCUCAUCAAUUUCAAGUAAUUUGACAAAGCGCAUAUUACACCAAUUUCCGCACCCCAUAGCGUUGACCGAAUUACAAUUCACUAUUACUGCGCUUAUUUGUUUAGUUUUUAUUUCAUUUGUAAACACUGCGAUAACAACAAAUUCAUCAUCAUCCUCUAUCUGUACGAAAAUUGUCAGGUCGUUCCCUGAAGGCAUUUUACCAGUAUACUUGAAUGGAAAUUUCAAGGAAAGCAUCUUACAAGUCUUUAUUAAACCAACAAAAUUAAUUUUAUGUACCACAUUUCCUAUGGGCAUUUUCCAGUUUCUGGGUUAUAUUACGUCACACAAAGCUACCAAAGCCAUUCCUGUUUCUGUUGUCCACAGCAUUAAGGCUUUGUCUCCUAUAAUGACCGUGACGUUUUAUAAGAUAGUAUAUAAAAAAGAUUAUAAAUUGAUGACCUAUAUAACAUUGGUUCCAUUGAUUUUGGGUGUCAUGAUAACGUGUGCUUCUACCCACAAGUCUAAAAAAAUGAAUUCCACUAAUAAUAAAAAUAAUAAUAGACUAAGUGAUUUUGCUGCUGGGUUGAUUUUUGCGUUUAUUUCGAUGAUUAUUUUUGUUUCUCAAAAUAUCUUUGCCAAAAAUAUAUUAACUGUUAAAAGAAAAGACACCUUAUUGAAAAGCAAAAGCAACGAAAAUGUAGUUGAAGCUUUAAGAAGAGCGAAACAGAUCUAUUCACCUUUACAAAUUGACAAAAUCACCAUAUUAUUCUAUUGCUCAUGUAUUGGGUUUUUAUUGGACUUACCGUUGUUUAUCUACAAUGAAUUUAGCACCAGAGCGAUAUUUUCCAAUUUGUCAAUACAGACAUUUUUAUUGAUUUUAAUCCAUGGUGUCAGUCAUUUUAUACAGGCGAUGCUUGCCUUCCAAUUGAUUGGUUCAUUAACUCCGGUUAAUUAUUCUGUUGCUAAUAUUAUGAAGAGAAUUGUUGUUAUAUUGGUAGCAUUAUUUUGGGAAAACCGUUGGUCAUUUAAUCAAGUAUUUGGUAUGAGCUUGACCAUUUUUGGUUUAUAUAGUUAUGACAAGUGGGGGAAAACAAAGUUGUAA